UAGCAUGUCCAGUCAUCGUAUUUCUCCUAGGGUUUCUUCUAUCUCACCGCUUCCCUCCGUAAACUAUCAACCCACUCGGUUGCCUCUGUAACCUCGGCUGUGGAGAGCAAUGGCUUCAGAGAAGAAGCUAUCGAACCCAAUGCGGGAAAUCAAAGUUCAAAAAUUAGUCCUCAACAUCUCCGUCGGUGAAAGUGGAGAUCGUCUCACCAGAGCCGCGAAGGUGUUGGAGCAGCUGAGUGGGCAGACCCCCGUUUUCUCAAAGGCUAGGUACACCGUUCGGUCUUUUGGUAUAAGACGUAAUGAGAAGAUUGCAUGUUACGUCACAGUCAGGGGUGAGAAGGCGAUGCAACUUCUGGAGAGUGGGUUGAAGGUCAAGGAAUACGAGCUGUUGAGGAGGAACUUCAGUGAUACUGGAUGCUUCGGUUUCGGUAUUCAGGAGCAUAUCGAUUUGGGUAUCAAGUAUGAUCCUUCAACCGGUAUUUAUGGUAUGGACUUUUAUGUCGUACUCGAACGACCGGGAUAUCGCGUUGCUCGCCGUCGUAGGUGCAAAUCUCGUGUUGGGAUCCAACACAGGGUCACAAAGGAGGAUGCUAUGAAAUGGUUCCAAGUGAAAUAUGAAGGAGUGAUCCUCAACAAGUCUCAGACAAUAGUUUCUUAGGGAGAUCCCCAUCAAUCUGGAUCCCAUUUUGUUUUGGCAAGGUUUGUAGACCAGGCAUAUUCUUUCUGUUUUAUGCGAACGUUUUGAUAUAAAUGGAUCUUCCUAGUCGGUAGUUUAUUAAUUAUUAUGUCUAACAGUUUUGUGGAUGACGUUCUACGAUAAUGGUUGUUUGCCAUUAAGUUUCAAUUGGCAUGAAAAAAUCGUGUUAGAUAUUAUUUGUUAGAGAAUGAACUUUUAUAUUGUUUUGC